AUGUCAGCAUUCAUGUCCAUGGUCCAGUCCAUGGUUCCUCUCACCUGGGCGAGUGACCAAUGGGUGACGGCGGGGCGGCGGGGAGAGCAGGCCAGUUUUUUAAAAAGGUCAGAAGUGCAGAUUGUUGAAGAUACAGCGAGUCAUCGGACACGGCGCAAGCUCGCCCUCCUUUCCCUCACCCUCCUCUCCCCCAUCCCACGCCCUGUCACAUCCUAUCCUUAUUCCCCCACCACCCCCCUACCCACAGUGGACAGCUCUGAGCUAGAGUCCACCCUGCUGAACCUCCAGGCUGCUUUGGAAGAGCCAAGGGACGACAGGCUCGUCCAGCAUAAAGUCCGGGCUGAGUGGCCUCAAGACCCCCAGCCAGAUGAGGAGAGUGAUGAGGAGGACGGGUCGUGGGAAGAAGAAGCUCUGCUGAGGGCCCGGAGAGGAGACCUGAUGGCCCAGCCAUUGUCACCCUUCCCUGAGGGUCACUCGCUGGAGAGCAUGCACUAUCAGGAGGGAGGAGAGGGGGAGGACGGGUGGAAGAGGAACGAUGCUCUGACCUCCAUCGUAGGAGGACUCCAAGCUGUCAGCCGUGAAAAAGGAGGGUUUGGUUUCCGCUUUGGGAGGAAAAGAUGGACUGACGGAGAGUGGGGGGAAGGAGGAGAGGGAGAACAGAGGAGGACAAGUGGAAGUGAUGAGGAAGGAGUUUCAGAAGGGACAAGAGAGGAGGGUGAUGCAAGACAAAGAGGCUGA